UUGCUUUUAAUCUCAUAUUAUCAGGUCAGGUAUUUCAUGUUUUUUUGCCCAUCUUUGACUUGUACUUACUCGGACGCGACCAACAAACUUAAAUCUCAACUCAUCUCUCUCUUUAUUACUUUCUCUCUCUUUCUGUCUAAACGGAUUCUUGUUUACCCUGGUUUUCCGACAACGGGCCGUUUAUUUUCCACUCCUAAAUCUCCUCUCACAAGCCCGUAUCUGACUCUUCCAAAUAUCUACCUUCUCGUCGGAAAACCACAUUCCCCUGUCUCAGUCUUUUUUGACGGCUAUAUGAACUUUCCCUUUUAUUUCAACUCUCUCUUUCAAACUUAUUCUAACUUAUAAUCACUACUCCUUCAAAGACUUCAUAAGUGGAAUUUUAGGGUGUCGUUUCAACUCAGACCGUCGAAGAUUACUGGAAACCGCCAACAGAUCUGAAAUUUGAGAUUAAGUUUAUGAGGUAAUAGGGUAUUGGUUGAAAAUUGAUGGUAAUUCAUAAACAAUUUUGUCAUCUAUGAUGACUGGAGCAGGUUUACAAAGAUCGAUGCGGGUGGUAGUAUUUUUGAAGCUUUUCACAUGGAAUGGCAGAUCUUGCUACUAACGGGAAUGCUGAGCGAGAUAAUGAACAGGCAUUAACUACAUUAAAAAAGGGUGCACAACUGCUCAAAUAUGGUCGCAAAGGGAAGCCCAAGUUUUGCGCAUUCAGACUUUCCAUUGACGAAACAUUUUUGAUCUGGUUGUCGAGAGGCGAAGAAAGAAAAUUGAAGCUAGCUACUGUCUCAAAAAUUAUCCCUGGACAAAGAACUACUGUUUUCCAGCGUUAUUUACGGCCUGAGAAGGAGUACUUGUCCUUUUCUCUUAUAUACAACAACGGCAAACGUUCCCUUGAUCUGAUUUGCAAAGACAAAGUUGAGGCAGAGGUGUGGAUAGCAGGUCUUCGAACAUUGAUAUCUGCAGGGCAAGGUGGACGAUCAAAAAUUGAUGGAUGGACUGACGGUGGAUUCUACUUUGAUGUAAUAUUACCUAUAAACUUGUGUUUUUAUGUCAUAUGUUUAAGUAAAGACUUGACAUCUAAUAGCCCAAGUGACAGUUCUGCUUCUGCCAGCAACAUAAGAGAUAUUAGCUCCCCAGAAGUUUCCGUUAGUGUGAACACAAACACUUCAGCAAAAGGUGAUCCACCUGAGAAAUUAGUGACUGUAGAAAGGUCACAUGCAGUUACUGACCACAUAAAUAUGCAAGUGAAAGGAACUUCAGAUGCUUUCCGAGUGAGUGUUUCAAGUGCCCCCAGCACUUCUAGUCAUGGUUCUGCACCUGAUGAUUGUGAUGCGUUAGGCGAUGUAUACAUAUGGGGCGAGGUUAUAUGUGAAAAUUUCAUUAGGGUUGGGGCAGAAAAAGGUCUUAACCCUUUAAACUCAAGGGUCGAUGUUCUUCUUCCUCGGCCUUUAGAGUCCAAUGUGGUUUUGGAUGUUCAUCACAUAGCCUGUGGAGUCAGACAUGCUGCACUAGUCACGAGACAAGGAGAACUUUUCACUUGGGGAGAAGAAUCUGGAGGGCGACUUGGCCAUGGAGUUGGGAGAGAUGUUAUCCGACCGCGUUUUGUUGAGUCUUUAGCAGUUACUAAUGUUGAUUUUGUUGCCUGUGGGGAAUUCCACUCUUGUGCUGUCACUAUGGCCGGUGAGCUUUACUCAUGGGGAGAUGGAACACAUAACGCUGGGCUUCUCGGUCAUGGUACUGAUGUGAGUCACUGGAUACCGAAGAGGGUGUCAGGUCCAUUGGAGGGACUCCAAGUUGCUUCAGUUUGUUGUGGUCCAUGGCAUACAGCCUUAAUAACAUCAACAGGACAGUUGUUUACGUUUGGUGAUGGAACAUUCGGUGUUUUGGGCCAUGGAAACAGAGAAAGUGCUAUGCACCCGAGAGAAGUAGAAUCUCUGAUGGGGUUGAAGACCAUUGCAGUUGCAUGUGGGGUGUGGCACACAGCUGCAGUGGUGGAUGUAAUUGUGGCACAAUCUAGUUCAAGUAUGUCAUCAGGAAAAUUGUUUACUUGGGGUGAUGGCGACAAAAAUCGCCUUGGUCAUGGAGACAAGGAACCAAGACUGAAACCCACAUGUGUUCCAUCUCUUAUUGACUACAAUUUCCACAAAAUAUCUUGUGGCCAUAGUCUGACUGUUGGCUUGACUUCAUCCGGACAUGUUUUUACCAUGGGAAGCACUGUUUAUGGUCAGCUUGGAAAUCCACUUUCUGAUGGAAAGGCACCUUGCUUAGUGGAAGAUAAGUUAAUGGGAGAAUGCGUGGAAGAUGUUGCUUCCGGUGCAUAUCAUGUGGCAGUGCUAACGUCCAGGAAUGAAGUAUACACAUGGGGAAAGGGUGCUAACGGGAGAUUGGGCCAUGGAGACGUUGAAGAUCGAAAAAUACCAACAUUAGUAGAAGCACUGAAGGAUAGACAUGUCAAAUAUAUUGCUUGUGGGUCAAACUUCACGGCAUCUAUAUGUCUUCAUAAAUGGGUUUCUGGUGCAGAGCAGUCCCAGUGCGCAGCGUGUAGACAAGCAUUUGGGUUUACUCGCAAGCGGCACAACUGCUAUAACUGUGGACUAGUACAUUGCCACUCCUGUACUUCGAAGAAAGCUUUCAGAGCAGCACUUUCUCCUAAUCCCGGCAAGCCAUAUCGUGUCUGUGACUCGUGUCACACAAAACUUAUGAAGGUUUCAGAAGCCAGUGGUAAUACUAUUAAGAAGAAUGUCUUGCCUCGACUUUCAGGUGAAAACAAAGAUAGGUUGGACAGGUCAGAAAUAAGAUUAUCCAAGUCCUCUACUCCUACAAAUGCUGAUUUAAUUAAGCAAUUGGACACAAAAGCAGCCAAACAAGGAAAGAAGGCUGAUACAUUUUCUCUGAUCAGCCCGACCGAAUUACCCUCAUUACAGCUUAAUGAUAUUUCUUUUUCCAAUCUAGUUGAUCUGCGUCGAACAGUUCCAAGACCUGUUAAUACUCCAUCAAGUCAGUCAGCAAUGAGUUCGAGAGCCGUGUCACCUUUCUCAAGGAAAGCCAGCCCGCCCCGCUUCGCUACACCUAUACCUACAACUUCAGGUCUUUCUUUUUCCAAAAGCGUUACUGACAGCUUGAAAAAAACAAAUGAACUCUUGAAUCAAGAAGUGCAGAAGUUACAUACACAGAUUGAUAGCUUGAGACAAAGGUGUGAAAUGCAAGAGUAUGCUCUGCAGAAAUCAGCACAGAAAGCCCAAGAUGCUAUGGCAUUGGCUGCAGAGGAAUCUGGGAAAUCUAGAGCUGCAAAAGAAGUUAUCAAAUCUUUAACGGCGCAGCUCAAAGACAUGGCUGAGAGACUGCCACCUGGUGCAUAUGAUAGUGACAGCAUGAGACAGCUUUAUCUACCAAAUGGUUUGGAAUCGAAUGGUACAUUUCAUGCGGAUACGAAUGGAGGACAUCAUGCAAAAUCUAACGCAAGCUAUGACCCUCGUUUGGCUUCUCAAACCAUGUAUGAUAUGACUACUACAAAUGGAACGGCUGCUCCAGGCGAAAACCCUCAUAUACACAGAAAUGACAUCCCAACUGCGGAUGAAAAUGAUACUUACCCAGAAAACCAGGCAACUGCAACUCCCUCCAGUUGGAAGAAUGGCCCUGCCAGCUUGGGAGUGUCUAAUGGUAAUAAUGAAGAGGUUUAUACAGGUACUAGCAGUGUGAAAUCUGUUACUGCUAAUACUGAUGCCAAGGAACCCCCAGAGCCUAUUCAAAAUGACGAGAAUGGUGUGAAGUCGAAGAGUACGCCUGCUUUGAACGGAGUCAACACUAAUCAAGUUGAGUCAGAAUGGAUUGAACAGUAUGAACCCGGUGUGUAUAUAACCCUCGUGGCUCUUCAUGACGGAAGCAGGGAUCUUAAGAGAGUGCGCUUCAGCCGGAGAAGAUUUGGGGAGCAUCAAGCAGAGACUUGGUGGUCAGAAAACCGUGACAAAGUAUACGAGAGAUAUAACGUACGGGCUUCUGACAAGUCACCAACUGGUUCCACCACACAGUCCUUGCAAAGAUUAGAUGGUGGAGUUUCACCGUCUCCAAAUCCCUAGCAAUAGUUUCAAACAUGAAGCACCUCUUGUUCAGUGCCUUCUUUUCUUUUUUGGUGUUCUUUUUUGUUAAGUUAACGUUUUCUUUUUCUUUUUACCUUCAUUCUUCUUUUGUAAGUUUCAGUGCCCUUUAAUUUAUACCUACCUGUUGUAUUGUAGUGUAUAUAUAAAGUCAUCAAAAUUAUGAGAUAGUAUAUGGGCAGAAAAGAAAAAGGCUUCUCUAUUGUAA